AUGUUUAACUGGCACACCAGCGUCGAACCUCCGCCUCAAGGAACUCCCGUCUCUGCCAGACAGCACCACCAUCAUCAGCAUCAGCACCACCAUCACCAGCAGCAGCAGCAGACCCAUCACAGUUCUCUCCAAUGGCUCCCUACCGGCCCUCCGCUUCCGAGGCCGCUCCCCAAUACCCUUCCGCCCAUUUCCGCCCUACGUCCAACUAAUAACUACGUACCCACCGCCCAACAUGAUGCAGCUGUCCUACAAACCCCCGCAUCCACUGACAACUCACUAUCUGAAAGUCCCAGCAUACGCGAGACUGUCGUCCCGGACAACGGUGUCGAUCUAGCUCCCGAACCUGCAUAUGAUCAUCCGGCCCCGGGUCCGGAACCCAGCUCUGAUGACGUUGAUAUAGAUGGAGGAGCAGCAUCGCGGCAAACGGGACGUGUAGGGCCUGGACGGGGUGUUGAUCUAACACUUCUCGAAAGUGAGACUCCACGGAAACAUGGUAAACGGCUAACGACACGCGAGGAGACAGCGCUAUUUGAAAUUUGCAACAGGCACGCGGCCUCAUUUGGCGAGCGCAACCGCCUCUGUGAAUGGUGGUUGAACGUGACGCAAGAAUUCACCGCAUCAGAGGGCCAUCCGUAUUCGUGGCAUAGCGUAAGGCGAAAGGUGGAGCUCGUAACGCAACAGCGGAUCAAAUUCUUGGAGGGAUUGGAUGGGAAGCGGGGCGAUGAUCAGGCGGAUGCGGCAUGGAGUGCUGCCGUCGAUUCCUGGAUUCCAUCCUGGAAGCGGUUUCAGGAACAGGAGAAUGAGCGCAUUCAUGCCAAGCAGGGUAAGAGAGGCCGGAAGAGGAAAUCAGUAGUUGAUGCAGAUGGGGUGGCCAUGGGGUACCAGCAUAUGCUGCCGCCUGGAUUUGAUACGAUGUUUCCUUCGUCAUCGAAAUCAGCCAAGGCAACUCGAAUAGAGGCUCCUGUUUCUAUACCUGUUACCUCCGAUCCCCCUCCUACUCCUUCAACAACGGAAUCUUUGCUCACACCAACCCAUCAACAACGGCAGCAGCAGCAACAGCAGAAACAUACCUCCGCGUCGGUUCCAGUUCAAACAUCCGUCCCGCAAGCACCGGUUUCCGCCUCGCAAGCAAUCAUAACAGCAGGCACAUCAUCCACAGCAACAGAAUCAGCUGUGGGAGCCGCAAUAUUAGAAACCUUAUCAAAAUUGAACAAAAACCUCGAAGCAGUGUCUUCUCGCAACCACUCAUCGAACGCCAUGUCCCUAGCAGCUGCAGCUGCAGCCGCAGCCGCAGCACACCCUCACGCUAUCCUACCACCACACCAACAAAAACACUCUCCGAACUCUGCCGUCACCAACCAUAAUCACCCGGCCCAUAGUCACGGCCAUGGCCACACCUCACGCCCUGGCCAAAUCCAACAGAAUCAAAUACCAGCGUCGACACUCCACCAAUUAAAGUCUGAGUUGCGUGCGGAGCUCCGCCAGGAGAUCCAGAAAGAUCGCGCACAGCUUGAAGAGAAAUUGGACUCGGUGCAGAAGACGCAGGAGAUGAUUCUGGAUUUGUUACGGCAAGAGCCACAGUAA